UUCUUUUUCUUUAUCUUUCGAGAUAAGGGGAAGAGAAUGACGGAUAAAUCAAAAUGCACAACCAUAUAUAUGUCUCGGGAGUUGAGACGCGCCAGCGAGAAGUCUCUAUCUACAGGGUGUCAAGAGACACGGUUUCCAGAGUAUACAUCAGCUCUCCGAGUUAAUAAUACACAUUCGCACCACUGGAGUUUGGGAAUUCGCCGCUCAUUCGCUUCCACGGACCUACUCGCCAAUGCUCACCCGCAGUCCGCACACAGCACGCUUUCCUUAAACAGCCUGGAGGGGGUUCUUUCGCUACACUCAGACUCCAAGGUGGAGAUCCAGCCCACCGACGACGCCGCCCUGAGCCCCUGGAGCUCCCGCGGCAGCCGGCUUUCCUUGGAUGACAUAACGCUGUCCGCCGGCGGGGAGGGGACGGGCAGCGACCGGAAAAGAUGCGCAGAUUCCCGGGACAAUUGUGUGGAUGCGAAGGGCAGCUGCAUUGAGACCCCAUGCCUUGAGGAUGACGAGGACUCAGGGUCCCUCCAGUACGAGGAGGAGGAUGAGGAAGAGGAGGGAGGGGGGGAGGAGGAUGAUGAAGAGGAAGAAGAGGAGGAAGAGGCAAGUGGAGUGGUGUUAAUGCCCGAAGCACGUAAAAAGAACAAACACGAUGUGGAGAGGACUUCCACUAAGAGCCCAUCCAAGUACCUACAGGAGUUCCAUAGCUUACCUAAGAGUCUAGUUCCCUCCGAGAUCACCCACUGUCUUUAUGAACUAGAGGAGGAGUGCAGAGGCGUGGAGAGAGAGAGUGAGAGUGUCAAGUGGAAGAUGGAGCUGAUACAUGGCAGUGUACUGACAGUCCAGGAAACACUGCGGACUCUUCUGAUACGCCUGGUGGAAGCCCAGAGCAGUCGGGCCUUUGACCCCACCCCGAAACCAACUAACCACCGCUUCCCUUCCACCAGCCACCACCGCCACCCUCAGUCCCACGGCCACACAUCCCACGCUCCCACCUACUGGCUCGCCCAAACUCAUUCCCCGGCCCCCUCCACGACCCCGGCUGCCCGCGCUGAGCUGUCCCAGGAGAGCCGGGCGCAUUCCCGGUGCGACCAUCACCGCUGCCUGGCCGUGGCCCGCCGGCCGUCUGAGACCUGCCUGACCGAGGCCGCCGCCGCCGGGACCACCGCCCCAUGCCACUGCUGCCCAAAGGCCACCAGCCCUGGAACCGUCACCAUGGACACGCCCAGCUGCGCCCAGCGAGGCAAGGAGAGGGCAGCGGCACUUCAUGCCAUUUCAGAGCUGAGGACGGACGUGGAGCGACUGCGCGUUGCACACGAGGAGGGUCGCCAGGAGCUCCAGGAGACCCUGGAGGUGAUGAGGGCCCUGCAGAAGGACAUGGGGACCCUGGUGUCCCAGUGUCAGAAGGACAAGCAGGAGGGACAGAAGUGGAAUAACCCUAUGGCAAAGCUGGAGGCUAUCAGAAAGCAGUCCAAGAGCAUCAGUGAGAUGACUCGGCAGGCUGUCGCUGUGUUUGGAAAAGUGGGGCUUCAUGUGGACGGGAAAGGAGCUGUCACACCUCAGGUCCACUCUGACUCCACCAAGCUGAAACCCAACAGCUCUCUACUGGGCCAGCACUGCACAUCCAAUGAUGGAGAGAUCAGUGAAGAAUGAGAAACAGUCUUAUCUAAAACAAAAAAACUGAAAUAAAACAUGUAUCUGCACA